AUGGCGAGCAAAUCUAAGGCGCAAACCAAUGAAGAGGGCGUCAUUGACAAGCUUCUUCCCUUCAAUAAGAGGUUGGAAUACUUUGAAAAUGGAAGUAAGGCAAAUAGUGGUGAAGUAAAUAGUAAAAAUGGAAAUGGUUACUUAAAAUCUCAACAACAACAACGAGGUGUCAAGGAGACGUCAAAGAAACGUCAAAGUUCAUCAUCUUCAUCGUCAUCUUCUUCCCACUCGUCGUCUGAAAGCAGCAGUGACGAUGACAGCGACAGCGACAGUGAUGAUGAUGAUAGUGACAGUGAUAGUGACAGCGACAGCGACAGCGACAGUGACGACUCCAGUUCCACGUCAUCUUCGUCUGACUCCUCUUCCGACGACUCUUCAUCCACAUCGUCGUCAGAUUCGUCGGAUUACUCGGACACCUCCUCCGACAGCUCCUCCAGUGACUCCGAUUCCGACAGCGACUCCUCCACUACCUCUGAAGAGGAAGACGCUAAAAACUGCCACAAAGUCAUCAAAAAAAAGGGCAAGAUUUAUAUGAGGGGACGGGGAGAUGAAAUGAGCCUCUCCUGGCGGGUGUUGAAGGCCUCACCACCGAAGCAGGAAAAGGCGGAGAAUGAGGAUGAGGAGGAGAAGGAGGAGGAGGAGGAGGAGGAGGAGGAGGCAAUGCAUCCCCUGGAGGGGGUUCGACCGCCAAUUCAGAAAGCCUCCUUUCCCUGCAGAGAUGAGCCUGCUAAACUUAAUGCCGCGCCGCCACAAUUGGAAAGUCAUGAGAAACCCCAACCACCUCCUUCUCCUCCUCUUCAAGUGAAUGUGAAUGAUUAUGCCAAUCCCACGGGGGCUCCAAAAGAAGGGACUGUUAGUGAGGAGGGGAGUAAAUCCCCCUCCGUCAUGGAGUCUGAGGCCGAAGAAAGUGGUACCGAUUCGGAAGAAAGUCUUCAGCAUACCAGACCUGUUAAUGAGGCUCCAACCACCACUACCACAAGGGAGUGCAAUGCUUCUGGGAAAGAUUUUGCAGCAGAAUCGCCUACUGAUGACCACACCGAGCCAAAGAAGGCAACGCAACCGCCUUUACCAAGCCCCAUCGUAUCCCCAUGUGUGGCCUCAACAACCAGAUCGGAUGAACAAGAUGGGGAGAGAAUAGACGCUCCGAAGGUUGAUAAAACUGUCAAGACAAGCACAAGCGUUGAGGCUAAAACUGCGUCCAAAGAUGCGACUCCCAUUCAGUUGCCUAUGCCCCCUCCAAUAAGCUCGCUAGGGCAAACUAAGUCAACAUCAUCCGCCACCAUUAAGAAUUCCGAGGUGCCCACGAAAACCAAAGCGCCUAAUGAGGAUGACAAAUCCAUGCCAAAAUCAAGUGAGAACAGUGUCACUACCACGGUGCUACCUUUCAAUGAGAGAAUAAAGCUCUUUGAUAAGGGAGGCAACGCUAGUCGUCCUCAAACUAAUGUCAAAGAUGUAAAGACACCUCCUACUGGCAGUGUCAGAACAUCACAGCAAGGGAGUGUGCAAAAACCGUCCAUUAAGAAAGAGGCCCAAAAAAAUCGGAAGGAUUCAUCCUCCAGUUCCUCAACAUGGUCUUCAGAAGACUUAAAGUUUGACGAUAGUGAUGAUGACAGCAGCUCCAGUUCGUCAUCGGAUGACUCUUCCUCGUCAACAUCAUCGUCUUCGUCGACGUCGUCAUCGUCGUCAUCAUCGUCGUCAUCAUCGCCAACACCAUCCAUUUCUUUUGAUUCUUCUUCUUCGGAUGACUCCGAGAGCUCAUCGAGCGACUCCUCCACUACCUCUAAGAGGAAGCACGCAAAACCCGCCCCAAAAAGACAAACCAAAAGGUGA